GAGAGGAGAGUGAGGGGCCAACAAAACUGCUGCAGGAGAGGCGACCUUGGAAGUGCGGUGCGCGGGAAUCAGUGUUGCCACCACCACCAUGGUAUCGGGACCCGUGGACAACAUUAUCCUGCUGGCGGACUGCUACAAGUCCUCGCAUUACAAAGUCUAUCCGCCAGGCACCACCAAGCUCUAUGCCUACUUCGAGUCCCGCGGGGGAAAGUACCCGUACACCGUGUUCUUCGGGCUGCAGUACAUCCUGAAGCAAUGGCUGUGCGGGCCGGUACUGACGAAGGAGAUGGUGGCGGAGGCUAAGCAGGUGAUAGGGCAGGUGUUCAAACGAGACGACGUGUUUAACGAGGCUGGAUGGAACUACGUGGUGGAGCACCACGGGGGUCGCCUGCCGCUGCGCAUCAAGGCCGUGCCCGAGGGAAGCGUGCUGCCCACCAGAAACGUGCUUUUCACCGUCGAGAACACUGACCCCGCCGUGCCCUGGCUCACCAACUUCUUUGAGACAGUGCUGGUUCAGGCGUGGUACCCCAUGACGGUCGCCACAGCCUCCAGCGUGUACCGCCAGCUCAUCACCCACUACCUCCACCUCACCCACGACACGGACGAGAUGGCCGAGUACAUGCUGCACGACGCUGGGUACCGCGGCGUGUCCUCGGUGGAAUCAGCAGCCUUGGGAGGGGCAGCUCACAUGCUCAGUUUCAAGUCCUCAGACACUGUGGCGGGCACCUCUCUCCUGCAGAAGUUUUACGGCCUGGAGGGUGUGGCGGGGCAUUCCACACCCUCCUCAGAGCACUCCACAGUCACAUCAUGGGGCAGGGACAGGGAGCUGCAGUCACACCGCCACAUGCUGGACACCUACCACCAAGGGGAUGCUGGGUGUGUGUGUGACUCAUAUGACAUCUGGAAGUGUCUGGAGGAGAUGUGGGGUGGGGAGCUGAAGGAGUUGGUGCUGGAGAGGGGCCAGAGGGGCGGCUGUGUGUACCUCAGGCCUGACAGCGGUGACCCCAAGGCUGUAGUGCUCAAGUGCCUGGAGAUCCUAGGGAAGGCCUUUGGCACUGAAACCAACAAAAAAGGCUACAAGAUGUUGCCCUCCUGUGUAAAGGUCAUUCAGGCAGAUGGCAUUGACCUCCACUCACUCUGGGACAUCCUGGAACACGUUAAGGAGCAUGGCUGGAGCACCGGCAGUGUGUUCUUUGGUGCUGGUGGAGCACUCCUGCAGAAGGUGCACCGUGACACCCAGAAAUGUGCCUACAAGGUGAGCUAUGCGGAGGUGGAGGGCAAGGGUGUGGAAGUGUUCAAGCAGCCCAUCACUGACUCAGGCAAGACUAGCAAGAAGGGGAGGCUGACCCUGGAGCGAGGUGAGGACGGCACAUACAGCACGGUGCAGCAUGGCAAGGGAGACCUGACUAAGCCCAUGGCAUGUCCCCCCAGGAUCUGCUGGUACCCAUCUUUGAGGAUGGCACCCUCCUGCAGGAGUACACAUUCAAGGAGGUGAAGCAGCGGGCAGACCAAGGCCCUCAGGACUUUGACGUCAUCAAAUUCCUGCAGGAAAGCAAGAAUUAAGCUACAUCUAAUGUGUUGCUACAAUACAAAUGGUACUGCUAAUACUACUAAAACUACUGAUAAUAAAAACAAUAAUAACAAUAAUAAUAAUAAUAAUAAUAAUAAUAAUAUUAAUAAUAAUACCUACAUACACACAUAUGUAUAUCAAGGCUGUCUCCUCCAAAAAGGGGGAUAGCCAAAACAAGGCAUGCAACUUUCAUAUUCACACUCUUUACACCACUUUCCUAGCCCCUCAGCUCCUAACAGAAAAGAGGGACUCUUGCACUCACUUUAUAUAAUAAUAAUAAUAAUAAUAAUAAUAAUAAUAAUAAUAAUAAUAAUAAUAAUAAUAAUAAUAAUGAUAAUUUAUUAACUACUGCUACUACUACUAAAAAAAUUAGAGUGCUUAGUCUGUCUGUCUGGAGGUCAACUUGGGAAAUGUAACUAAUGUCAUUCAAUGCAUAAUGGUUGAAAGCUGUAUCUUCAAUAAAAAAUAAAAUGGA